GACCCAAGAAGAUACGCUAGUGAAACUGAAGGGGACAACCAUUGGAGAAAAAACAUCAUUGGUAUCUCAAAUCUGGGCGGAUAACCACAAGCAGCACAGACCAAAGCUCGGACUUUAAACAUAUAUUACAUACACAAUGGUUGUUUAAUGAUAAAGAAGAUGGUCACAGAUUUCAACUUCCUUUCGAGCUUAUGUAGCUCCCCGAUGUUCACACCAUUUAGUUUCCGCAUCCCAUUUGUGUACAAUGUGUCAUGGGUUAUGCAACAAGAUUGAGAAGUAAAACUAGUUGAAAUCAUAAGCAAUAGAACAUCUCGACAUUCAAAUUCACGAGCACAAAAAAACACAUUAGCAAUCGCAACUUUUGAUAAAAGAGUAGAAGAAAAAGCCAAAGGCUCCAUACUAAACCCGAGUGGAGUACUCGUAAUGGAUUACAUAGAAAUUCCAUGUCAAUCAAUCACCAAAGAUUCCUAUAGUAUCUGAGCUCUUUGUGAUCUCAACUGGAUUAAGUCAGGACUCGAUUGGAAGAGAUUUUUCAUUUAAAUUAUUUACGUGACCACUAAUCUAAGAUAAUUUGGACUGGUAUGAAAAGUUUUCUAUGUUAUAAUCUUGGAAUGUUGGAGAAGACAGAAGGAAGAGAAUGAAGGGUUAACGAUGCAUGGAAAAAAUUGGAAGAUGAUGAAAACAGUAAUACCGUGAGGGUGGAGUAUUGGAGUGCCAUUUAGAGAAACAUUGGUGGUUGUUGAGAAGGGAAUACAUGUACUUUUAUUCUUUAUUCAGUGAAUAAAGUUUAAGACACAAAGCAAAUUUAAGUAAUUUAGGCAUUAAAUUGAUAACUAAUGCGUUCGAAUGAGCUAUUAAAUUUCGUCAUAUCAUUCUCGAUCUAAAUAUAUAUUUAAUUAUAAAAUGAAGAGGCGUGGUAGUAUUUCGUCUAAAAUAUGAUAGGAUAGUUGAUAAAUGCUAAUUAAAGUAUUUAAUAAUAAAGUUUUAUUAAUUUUUUGAAUGUUUAAUUAUUAUGAAAUAGACGUUCUCUCGGUCUCGCUCGUACUUCCACUCCACGGGUAAGUUAAAGCAAUCCGACCAACAAACCGGACUAGAAACUAGAUUAUAUUAUAAUUUAAAAUAUUUUUUCAUAAUUAUUGGCUUCCUCAUUUGUUAGGGAAGAAUCCCACUUUACUCCCCAAACGAAGAAGAAUCACAAAAGGUAAAAAGGAAAAUAAGAAUCCCAGUAGUUCGAAAGGGAGAAAAAGGGAGACUGCCUGUUCUAAACGACGACGUCUCUUGCAACUUUGCCUCCGAAUUAACACGCUCAUCUACCGAUUUCGAAGAGUAAGGCCCUGCAAAGUGCAAAGUCGCAAUCUGAAGCUACGAAUUCAGUAGGAGGCCGGGGGCCCAUCCAGAGAAGGAUCUAGAAUUUCCUGCAUCCUUGACCUUGUUGCCCUAGCAAAGCAAAACCUCCCUGAAGGCUGAAACCCUCACUGCACUAUUUAAACACGCUCUCCGCUUCCCAUUGCUCAAACCCUCUUUCGCCCCCGUCUCGAUUUUCCUCUUCCCUCAAAACGCUCUUCCAGAUCCAGCGCUCUUCGCUUCGUCAUUCCGAGGGUGUUCUAACAAUGGCGGACGCCGAGACAUUCGCCUUCCAGGCCGAAAUCAACCAGCUCCUGAGUUUGAUCAUCAACACCUUCUACAGCAACAAGGAGAUCUUCCUCCGCGAGCUCAUCAGCAACUCGUCCGAUGCUUUGGACAAGAUUAGAUUCGAGAGCCUGACCGACAAGAGCAAGCUCGAUGGACAGCCGGAGUUCUUCAUCAGGCUGAUCCCCGAUAAGGCCAACAACACCCUUACCAUCAUCGACUCCGGCAUCGGCAUGACCAAAGCUGAUUUGGUGAACAAUUUGGGAACGAUUGCGAGGUCUGGAACCAAGGAGUUCAUGGAAGCCUUGCAGGCUGGUGCUGAUGUUAGCAUGAUUGGCCAGUUCGGUGUCGGGUUCUACUCCGCUUACCUUGUCUCCGAGAAGGUCAUCGUGACCACCAAGCACAACGAUGACGAGCAGUAUGUGUGGGAGUCACAGGCCGGUGGUUCAUUCACCGUUACAAGGGACACCUCCGGUGAGCAGCUCGGCAGAGGCACCAAGAUGGUCCUCCACCUCAAGGAAGACCAGUUGGAAUACCUCGAGGAGAGGAGGAUCAAGGACCUUGUGAAGAAGCACUCUGAGUUCAUUAGCUACCCGAUCUACCUCUGGACCGAGAAAACCACCGAGAAGGAGAUCAGUGAUGACGAAGAUGAAGAGGAGCCCAAAAAGGAAGGCGAAGUUGAGGAGGUUGAUGAAGAGAAAGAGACUGAAUCCAAGAAGAAGAAGAAGAUCAAGGAAGUCUCUCAUGAGUGGGAGCUCAUCAACAAGCAGAAACCCAUCUGGCUCCGCAAGCCAGAAGACAUCACCAAGGAGGAGUAUGCUUCAUUCUACAAGAGCCUGACCAAUGACUGGGAGGACCACCUGGCUGUGAAGCACUUCUCCGUUGAGGGCCAGCUUGAGUUCAAGGCAGUCCUGUUUGUUCCUAAAAGGGCUCCAUUCGACCUCUUUGACACUCGCAAGAAGGCCAACAACAUCAAGCUGUAUGUCAGGCGUGUCUUCAUCAUGGACAACUGUGAUGAGCUCAUCCCUGAGUUCCUCUCCUUCGUGAAAGGUGUGGUUGACUCUGACGACCUGCCGCUCAACAUCUCCCGUGAGAUGCUCCAGCAGAACAAGAUCCUUAAGGUCAUCCGAAAGAACCUCGUCAAGAAGUGCAUUGAGAUGUUCAACGAGAUUGCUGAGAACAAGGAGGACUACAACAAGUUCUACGAGUCCUUCUCAAAGAACUUGAAGCUUGGUAUCCACGAGGACAGCACCAACCGUUCCAAGCUUGCUGACCUUUUGAGGUACCACUCCACCAAGAGCGGCGAGGAGUUGACCAGCUUGAAGGACUAUGUGACCAGAAUGAAGGAAGGUCAGACCGACAUCUUCUACAUCACUGGAGAGAGCAAGAAGGCAGUGGAGAACUCUCCCUUCUUGGAGAGGCUGAAGAAGAAGGGAUACGAAGUCCUGUACAUGGUUGACGCCAUUGAUGAGUAUGCCAUCGGGCAGCUGAAGGAGUAUGAUGGAAAGAAGCUUGUCUCUGCAACAAAGGAAGGGUUGAAGCUUGAUGAUGAGACCGAGGAAGAGAAGCAGAAGAAGGAAGAGAAGAAGAAGUCGUUCGAGGAGCUCUGCAAGACGAUCAAGGACAUCUUGGGCGACAAGGUGGAGAAGGUGAUCGUCUCCGACAGGAUCGUCGACUCCCCUUGCUGUUUGGUGACCGGCGAGUAUGGUUGGAGCGCCAACAUGGAGAGGAUCAUGAAGGCUCAAGCUUUGAGGGACAGCAGCAUGGGAUCCUACAUGUCUAGCAAGAAGACCAUGGAGAUCAACCCCGACAAUGGCAUCAUGGACGAGCUUAGGAAGAGGGCUGAUGCCGAUAAGAACGACAAAUCUGUCAAGGAUCUUGUGCUGCUGCUGUUCGACACCGCGUUGCUGAACUCCGGGUUCAGUCUCGAGGACCCCAACACCUUCGCGACCAGGAUUCACAGGAUGUUGAAGCUUGGGCUGAGCAUUGACGAGGACGACCUGGCCGCUGGUGAUGAGUCGGAGAUGCCUCCUCUUGAGGAUGAUGGUGCCGAGGAGAGCAAGAUGGAGGAAGUCGACUAAGUUUUUUAUCUUUUAGUUUUUUAGAACAGUGGAGCUCUUUAGUUCUGUGUCUAUUGGUUUUUCCUCUGCAGACUUUCUUCGCUAUCCUUUUGUGGUUAUUUUUGUUUUUGUGCUGGUACUCUAGCCCUUCUAAACUACUGUCAUUUUCUUCUUUUACCAAGCGGAGAUUUAUGUUAUCUUGAGUUCUUCGUCAACGUAAUGGUUUUUGCGUUUUCCGUCGCUCUUUUUACUUUGUUCUUGCUCACAGUGAUGUCGCCAUUCCUUCACUUACGUAAGCAAUUAGCUGUAUACACAUUUAAGAAUUAAGUGGAUGGGUGUUCUAACUUAAAACUGCACCCAUAAAGAUGGAACUGGUUU